GCGUAAUUUUUCUUACAAUCUUUGGAACCUUCAAUUUUACCUACCUUUGACGUCUGUGAUCAUUUUUAUUUGAUUUUUAUUAAGCAAAAUAUCUAUUGCAUUGAUACAAUCCGUGGCAUUCGCUUAAUCUGCAGUGUAUAUGAGCGAUGCCGGUGUACCGACAUGUUCCACGAUCCCUGCCAAUAUUCUCUUCGGGCCGCUGUAGCCUGUCGAGACCGUUGAGAUCCAAUGGAGUAGCUCCAUAUAAAUCGGGAAUGCAUUUCUCGCAGGGCUCCUUCCAAGCUGCCCCAAACCCCCUGGAGCAGGAUGCAGGAGAUGACGGAGCCCGGUCCAACGGCAACGACUCAGAGCCAAAUUUCAGAUCUACUAUUCUCAAAAUGAUGGAGACGGCCGCCACCACUUUUGCUUCUAUUGCCGUCCUAGGUGCCGCGGGCUACUCGUACCACCGGUACUACAAGUAUCUGAUUUUGGAAAAGAUGGAAAAUGCCUUUAAGCCGGGCGAUCCAGCACUCGAAGUUGCAGGUGUAGAAUCUGGCAAGCAUCAAUAUCAUCAUGAGGAGCACUGGGUCGUCCGUGACGAACAACCCAGAAUUGAUCGAAUCAUUGCUGGUGGCGCUGGUGGCCGUUAUUUCCUGCUCAUCGGUGAGAAGGGCACUGGAAAGACAUCUAUGCUUCUGGAAGGGAUGCGCAAAAUUGAUGGGGAGGGUUGUGCUAUGUUUGAAGCACAUGGUGAUCUUGAGAUUUUCCGGAUCAGGCUUGGAAAGGCGUUAGACUAUGAGUUCCAUGAAGACUACAUUGGAAGUCUUUUCAGCAUUAAGGGUCCUCGAGAUACUACCCCUCUCUUGGACAUCGAGCGCGCAUUCAACAAGUUAGAGAAGGUAGCUCUUGCGCGUCGGCGUGAGGGAUUGCCCGCUUUGAUAUUAAUCAUCAAUAGCACUCACCUAGUCAGGGAUGAUCAUGACGGUCAGGAUCUACUGGAAAUGAUUCAGCAGAGAGCGGAACAAUGGGCGGCUAGCAACUUGGUGACGACAGGUAAGCUGCGCUUUUUCUUUUUCGCUUCCAAUAUAGGCCCUGACAAUACCGAAAUUAUAGUCCUCAACAGUGAUGAUUACUGGGUGUAUGAACGCCUCAAGCGGUACGCCACCAGGAUGGAAGUCAUCCCUGUUUCGGAUCUACCCAAGGGACGAGCGAUAGACGCUCUACGGAGGUAUCGCAGACAGUACUUUGGCGAGGAAUUAUCUCACGAAGUACUUGAAGAGAUAUACGACAAAGUUGGUGGACGUUUAUCCUUCCUGAACCGGGUGGCAAAGGCCAAAGAUUAUAUGAAACUCUGUGAUAGCAUCUGUGAGGCAGAGAAGAGAUGGUUCCUCAACAAAUGCUGGAUUCUUGGACCGGAAAUGGAUGACGACGUCAUGGAUGAGCAGAAGUACUCUUCAGCUGCAAUGGUUCUCGCUAAAGCGCUUGUCGACAGGGAGAAGGAGAUGGAGAAAACUUAUGACCCGGAGAUCGGCCAUAUUUUACCACAGAUCCCGCUGCAUAAAGCGCGGGAAGUUAUGACAAGAGCAGACUUUAUCCAAAGUUACGACCAUGAUAAUAUCUUUACGAUCGAUUCUCGGGCUAUGGUCCGAGCCGAUUCCGUUCCUAUGCAGAAUGCUUUCCGAGACAUCUGUUCUUGGGAAGGAUUUGACAAGCAUCUGGAGGGAACAUUAGAGCGUAUUGGCGACAUUGAGAGUCUUGGACGAACUCGUGAGCUUACGAUCAAAGAUCUUUGGAAUCAGGGCAAAUACCAGCUUGCUAUGCGGGAUCCCAAGGGUCGCGACAACGGUGUUGCUGAGUUCUCGGUGGUGGAGGGCCAGAAAGACGAUGAGGACGACUGAAGCACAGGGAAAGCGGAUCCAGGGUUAAAGCUAUCAUACGCUACCUGAUUGGAAAGCACUGUAACUAUGGGAUAUAUACUACUUAACCUGUCUGUGACAUAAGGUAGCAAGUACAUACCAAACCUAUGAUAUCACA